UCCAGUGGUGACGAUCUCCCUAGCCUUUGGACUUCUUUGAAAAAGGCAGAUUUAAUCAUUUUCUUUUAACUAAAUGGCUAUUAUAUAAGAGCUGUCUGUAGCAUUGGAUUCUGAACUAGCUUUUCAAUUGGUCUGGUUUUUUUUUUUUUUUUUUUUUUUUCUUGAAAAACAUCUACAGACUUCUAACCUUGCUGGAUAUAUGUAAAUUUAAUAAUGGUGAAUGAGAAUAUGCUUCCAGCCCAAGAGGCUGCCAAAAUCUACCACACCAACUAUGUUAGAAAUGCCAGGGCCAUCGGUGUCUUGUGGGCCGUUUUCACCAUAUGCUUCGCCAUCAUUACCGUGGUGGUCUUCAUUCAGCCCUAUUGGAUUGGUGAUAGUGUUAACACCCCGCAGGCAGGAUACUUUGGGCUUUUUCACUAUUGUAUUGGCAAUCCGAUCACCUCCGAAUUGGUCUGCAAAGGAAGUGUGUUUGAUUUUGGUUCGAUCCCCUCCGGGGCUUUCAGGACUGCUAUGUUUUUUGUAGGCACCUCAAUGCUCCUUAUCGUAGGCACCAUUGUGUGCUUGGGUCUUUUCUUCUUCUGCAACUCUGCAAGUGUGUACAAGAUAUGCGCAUGGAUGCAAACAUCUUCAGCUGUGUUGAUGGUGAUGGGUUGUAUGAUUUAUCCGGACGGCUGGGAUGCUCCGGAGGUGAAGCGGAUGUGUGGUGAGAGGACGGACAAGUACACGCUGGGGAACUGCACCGUUCGCUGGGCUUAUAUUUUAGGCAUUAUCAGCAUCCUGGACUCAGCGUUACUGGCACUGCUUGCUUUCACUCUGGGCAACCGACAAGACAAACUGCUGCCAGACGACUUCGAGGUGGAGGGUAACGAUAAAGCCUGA